CUUCUCAUCUGAUUGUCAUCUCGUUUCCAGCCCCUCAAAGAUGAGUCCUGAACUCGAAACCGCCUGGGUCGUGUGAAACCAUAAAGCGGUCCCAUGCCUCCAGACCGUGGCCGCGCUUCGAAAGCCUGCACAGCAUGCCGGAAGCAGAAGACGAGAUGUUAUGAGACGGCCAGCGGUCGAGCGUGUCUUCGAUGUGACCGUCUAGGACAGGCCUGUUCCCUCAGUGAUGAACCCCGGCAUCACAAUGCCGGCGCAGCGACAUGGGGCAGCAAUGGUGGUCCUAGCAGGCAUCCCGACGAUGACAGAAGGAUUGAACGCCUCGAGAGGGUAGUAGAGGCCUUGAUAAAACGCUUGGAUGAUGUAGAGUCUGGUAACCCCCCACGAGCACAUGCGCCACACCCCCGGGAUUCGCCGGUACAGGAAGGAAGCCCGUCCCAGCCACACGUUGAACCAGAGGGAACUGAGCAAAAUCCCGCACCGCUUUUUGUGCUUCGCGAUGUAACUACCCAGUCAGGCUUUCGAGCUGCGGACCGGACUGCGACGAAUACGCCGUCCCGGAGUCUCUCUGACGACAUUGUUUUGAAGGGCUUGCUGAGUGAGCAAGAUGCGGUCUCGUUACUGGCGGGUUUCCAGGAGAACUAUGGUAGGUGGGUGUCUUUCAAUCCGGUCACACCAGCAACGCGGCUCCUCGAAGAUGUUCGCAAGUCUCCCCUGCUGCUCGCCGCCUGUUGUCUCAUAGCCGUUCGCCAUACUUCCCAGGACCUUGCGGCGCGCCUCGCACCAAAGCUGUUCAAAGAAGCUAAGACUCUGCUAUCUCUCGCACUGCUCACAGUGCCGCAACCAAUCGAAUUCUUCCAGGCAUCUUUGGUAUUGAGCUUGUGGUCGACGACUAUCGGACAGAUUCCAUUAGGAAUUGACAGCUGGCUGCUAAGUGGAUUUGCGCUGCAGCAUAGCGUAGCUAGCGGCCUUUUCCCGUCUGAGAUGGAUGCCAGUAGAACGAGCUUGGGGAAGCAAGAGCUCGACCAUCUGUGCAUUUGGAAUCACCUCUGCCUUGUACAUCUUCACUACUGUGUGGGAACGCGUCGAAAAGCUGUCCUGGACCAAAAAGAUGUGGAAAGGUGUCGGUUGAUUCUUGGAUCCAAUCAUGCUACCAAUUUCGAAUCCCGGAUGGUAGCAGAGGUGCACCUGUACUGGAUUAUGUAUCAAAGCUGCGGUACAGCUAUUGAUCUUCCGAAGACGCAGGCGAUGCUACAUGGUUGGAAGGAAGAGUGGGGAUUCCUCUUGGAACAACCCCGAUCUCAAUUUGUCCACAUGGGCUUCUACUUUGCUCAAUUGCUAGCUUAUGACCAGUCUCUGAAGACUCGCUCCGCCGCGGUUAGAGAAUCACUUCUACUGGAAAUGGUUCGCUUAUCUACCGCCACCAUCAAUGUGGCAAUGGAGUCGACCGACGAGCGGACGCGCCAUCUCACGGAUCAUAUAUACCACAUGAUCAGCUUCGCCGCUGUUACACUCUGCCGGCUGCUUCACAAUUAUGAAGAGCAACUCUCAUCAUCGCAUGAUCUCCACGGUCUCGAUGGGCUGAUCUUGUCGCUGGUAUCGUGGCUACACGCCAUCGGCCUUCCAUGCCAUGUGGCGCACACGAUGGGCGAUGUUGUCGCUGCUUUCCACAAAAAGUUGCGUCCUGAUUCUAGUCCCAGCCCUAGCACAUCGUAUGCUGGAGUUGAUCCGGCUAUCCAAGACGACUUCGCUCAGCUCUUUCCGGAGUUCUAUGGAGCAUCUACUUUCGACAUGAUCAACGGUUCCAUGCUUCCGGACUUCCAACCACUCCUCUAAGAUGAACGUAAUAAAGAACGUCAUACGAGCUGUUGAGACGAGGGACAUCUAUUGAGGGAUUCGAAAAGAGCUAUACCAAACG